ACGCGGAGGCUCAGCCGGGCUCCGGCGCCCCGACAGCUCCCGCGGCCUGAGGAUUCUCGCGCUCCGAGGUCUCCCGAGCUCCGAGGGCUCCCGCGGCCCGCGGUCUCCCGCGCUCCGGGGUCUCCCGCCGCCCGAGGUCUCUCCGGCUCCGAAGGCUCCCGCGACCCGAGGUCCCGCCCCCACCAUGCGGCUGAGAAGUCCCGGACUGCUCCUGCUGCUGCUCGGUGCCCUGCAAGCCGCGGACACGCGAGAGCAGGAAGUCCGAGCGCUGGUGGGCAGCGACGUCGAGCUCAGCUGCGUCUUCCCCGAAAGCACCACGUUUGAUCUAGACGACCUGUACGUGUACUGGCAAAUCAGCGCCGUGGGCCACCCGACGACCGUGACCUACUCCCUGUCGGGGAACAGCUCGGCGGGCCUCGAGGACAACCGCUACAGGGACAGGGCGUGGCUCUCGCCGGACAGCAUGAAGCACGGCGACUUCUCCCUGCGUCUCUACAACGUCACCCCCCUCGACGAGCAGAAGUUCAACUGCCUGGUGUUUAGGAAAUCCUUGCAGCUACAAAAGAUCUUGGACGUGGUGGUGACCCUGCGCGUGGCAGCAAACUACAGUGUGCCGGUGGUCCUCGCCCCGCACGGCCCCUCCGAGGACACGGAGCUCACGUUCACGUGCACGUCCGUGAACGGCUAUCCAAAGCCAAACGUGUACUGGAUCAACAAGACGGACAACAGCGUGCUGCCCGAGGGCCUGCAGAACAGCACGGUCGUCCUGAACGCACGCGGCUUGUACGACGUGGUCAGCGUCCUGCGCAUCGGCUGGACCCCCAGCGUGAAUGUCGGCUGCUGCAUCGAGAACGUUCUUCUGCACCAAAACCUCACGGGCCUGUGCCAGACAGCGGAAACGUUCACGACCCCCGAACCCGGCAACACAGGGAGCCACACGGACGUCCGCAGGAGGGAGCACGGGACGGUGCUGAGCACCCUGGCCGUGCUGGGCGUGGUCGUGGCCGUGGCCGUGGCCACUGGCUGGGUGUGUAGGAGCCGAUGUCCCCACGGGUUUCCAACCAGGUGCCCGGCUGCAAAGCCAGAGCAGACGUUCCGUGACUGUGUCUGAUGCGAACUCGCCGCCCGGGAGGUGGACAGGGCUGCUGGGAGAUGCCCCCAGGAGGACGGCGGACGGCGGCUUGAGAAGUGACUCGGGCAGGCCCGGUGGCAAGGGGGACCAUCUGCCCCCAUCAGUGCCAUUAACAACGGGUUUUCGUGGAUGCGGGGCCUCUCCGGCCUGGAAGGGACAUGCAGGCCCCUGCCUGACCCCAGGGAGAGCGCCCCAGGGGUGCCCGGAUCCCGGAAGGAGGACAAGGACCUCUCGAGUCAGCGGGACACACGUGCCCCCACGUGGGCGGGCUCCCCAGCUCCGGCGCUCCCC